AUGCCAGCCCCCAGCGACGGAUACACAACGCGGGGCCUCCCCCCUCCCCCCGCGGUCUCCACGACCACCAUCCCCAUGGCCGGCCUCCUCGUCGACGUCUACGGGCUGGACGAGCUGCCCGCCUCGCCGUCCGCCCCCGUCACAUGCCUCUGGCUCCUGCACCCCCGAACCCGCACCCGCGGCCGCAUGCACGACAUCGCCGCCCGCACCGUCAAGGCGUGGCACGGCUCGUCCGAGACGGGGAAGCGGGGGCUCGUGGCGCUGUGCUUCGACAUGCCCAACCACGGGACGCGGGUGGUGAGCGAGAGGGCCAACGGGGCGUGGGCGGCCGGCAACGACACCCACGCCAUCGACAUGCUGGGGAUGGUCAAGGGCGCAAGGGCGGACAUGAGCGGGCUGAUGGACGUGGUGGCGGGGUAUCUGGGGAGGGAGAAUGUGGACGGGCACGUCGUGCUGGGGUGGAGUUUGGGGGGACACGCGGCGUGGCAGGCCUGGCUGGGGGAGGAGAGGGUGGACGCUGCGGUUUCUGUGAUUGGGAGCCCUGAUUUUAUGGGCCUCAUGGGUGGCAGGGCGGCUGGGUCGAAGCUCGACUGCGGCGCGCAGUUCCUCGGGAGCAGGUUCUUCCCGCGGGAUCUCGUUGCUGUCUGUAAGGCGAACGACCCCAAGGGGUUCUUGUUCUCUGACGCUCCUCUUCCUGAGCUUCCCCUAUCUGAGGUUGAGCGUUCGCGGCUGUCGGCGCUGGUUGAUUCGCGGGGGUUGAGGAGCAAAAAGUUGCUUCUCCUCUCUGGGGGGGAUGACCAGCUGGUACCGCAUAAGUUUACCGCGCCGUUUGUGAAAGUGCUGGCGGAGGUUGGCGGGUUGCAGAUUGACGACCGUGUGUUUGAUGGGGUUGGGCACUGGUUCAGCGCGGAAAUGGUAGAGCAGGCUGUUGAGUUUUUGGUGAAGGCUGUAGGGGAGGGACCUAGACCAAAGAUCUAA